AUGCUCUCAACUCCAACCUCACCGGCAAAACAUGUAUCACGACAACAAAACAGAACAAAUAAUAGGCAUUGGAAGUCGAAAAACGCAACUGAUUAUACCAUUCCUCCGAUUUUUGCAUUGAGAGCAAGUGCUAUCAUUGAGGAUACUCUCGAGAAGCUCCAAUUAUUGGAUUUGCUUUCUGGAGAUAUUAAGGAGUUCAUGGGAAACGAUGAUCAAGAUGACAAGGAAGAGGGUGAGGAAGAUGCUCUUGAUCAAGAAACAAACGCAGUGGCCAACAUUUUAGAAGACCAAAAAGUUCUUGGAAAGCGAUAUGAAGAGCUGUCAUAUUUUCUAAGAGCUCACAAGCAAGAUAAUACAAUGUCACGAUCUAUUGAAGAAAUUAAUCAAAUCAAAGAAGAAUUGGAAUUGAUUCAGUUUAAACUGAAAGAAAAUACUCGAAAAUUGUGUCGAAAUCUUAAAGAAACACCUAACGAGUUAGAAAAUUGGAAAAAAAUUCAAUCAGAACGCCAUGAAAUCCAAACCAUAUUCGUGACUUUGCUUCGGGAGAUUCAAGCAGGAUUGAUUCCUCCAGUAGCAAAAUCUACAACUCCAAAAUACAAAGGGCUCAAUUACUCUGCUGUAGCUGCAGCUGAGGAAAAUGAGGAAGAUGGUGAGCAUUCAUCAACACCUCAAAGUAUUAGACCUGAUGUGCCGUACGAGUCAUUUAUGAAGAAAGUUGCUGAAGAAAAAGAAAAGAAACAAUAUUUACAACACAUUACCGAAAUUGAGGGCAAAACUCUUGAACAAGUCAACAAAUUGAAGAAUGAGGUAAUUAAAGAAAAAGAGCUCAAGAAGAGUGAAGUGGACGACAGAAGCACAAAGGUUAACACUCUUCUCAACAAACUACGAAAGCUGAAAAAGUUAACUGCGGAUGAGGACUCCAAGACACAUGCCACAGAAGAAGCUGCGUUCGAGUCGAGAAGACGAAGAGAAAGUAGUGCUCUAUUAAAGCUAGAAGAAACAUCUCUGAAAAAGAAUAUUGAGCUCGAAGUUGAGAAGAACGUGUUUUCUCAAAUUAAAAACUUUCUUGAAAAAAAGACGGAUGAGCUCAAGAGAAAAGGAGAAUAUUGGAGAGAGAAGUAUGAGAAAGAGUCUGAAGAAUUAAGAUCAAAAAUAAUUCACUGGGAGGCAAUGCGAGAGGAACAGAUUGACAAGCUUAAAAAGUUAGAGGAAAGAUAUGCACUUGAAACACAAGACAAACAGAUUCAAGAAGAAUUCGAUAGGUCUACCAACGCAAAGGAAAAGGAAGACGCCGAAAGAAAAAUCCAAAUGUCUGCUGAUAUUAUCAAAUUAGCCUACAAAUGUUAUAAAGCCAGAGAAGAUUUUGCCAACAGAAAGAAAAAGAAAAAAACGAGAAGUGCCAGCAACCCAAAAAGUGCAUCCAAAUAA